AUGGCACCGCACGCUGUCGAGAGCGGACCAGUAGUGACCCAGCUGGUCGGUGCCGAAAGUGCAGCGAAGCCAGUGGACGAGGUGUUGAUGAAGCGUGCUCCGUUACGGACCGUCUUCCCGCCGUUCGAGCUAGAGGAGCACCCCGUGGAUGAAUAUCCUGAUAUUACUGUAAUCAUUGUCGGUUCCGGUCCAGCAGGCAUCAUAGCAGGGGCCCUGCUACAACACAAGGUGCCAGGGGCGAACUUGACGAUAUUUGAGAGAGGCAAUGACAUAGGCGGUGUUUGGAACGCCAACAUCUAUCCAGGCGUCAGGUGCGAUGUGCCAUCGGAUGUCUAUCAGGCAACGUUCGCUCCCUCGACAACAUGGUCUGCAAACUACGCCCGGGGGCCCGAGAUCAAGGCAUACUGGAAGUCAGUCGCCAGACGAUAUCAGCUGGAGCGCUUCACCAAGUUGAACCAUAAAGUGACGAAUGCUCGCUGGGCCGCGGACCGGGCUAAAUGGCAAGUCACCGUCGAAUCGUCGGGUCGAACGCGUGUGGAGGAAGCCGACUUCCUCCUGACUGCAACCGGCCAUUUCAGUGACCCACGACUCCCCGAAUACCCUGGCAUCGGGGAGUUCCAGGGACACCUCAGGCACACUUCGCAGUGGGAUGCUGACUUCGACCCGACCAACAAGCGGGUGGCGUUGAUUGGGAAUGGGGCAAGUGGCCUGCAGGUUCUGCCUCAACUGCAAAAGGUUGUCCAGCAUUUGGACCAUUAUGCGAGAAGUCCGACCUGGAUCGCCGGGUCAUUCGGCGGAGAGAAACUCCCCCCAUCGACGUCCGACGAGCGAGAGCCUGCUCCUCAAGAUCCCGAAGAGUACACCAAAUUCCGAAAGUCGAUUGAGAACAAGUCGUUCGGUCGUUUUUCGAUCAUCUUCAAGGAUCAAAAGCCAAACCAGGCUGCGCGUGACCAAUUUGAGAAGCUGAUGGCGAAGCGCUUGGGCGAAGGCCACGAAGACCUCCUUAAGUCCGUUGUGCCAUCCUUCUCGCCCAAUUGUCGUCGCCUGACACCCGGACCGGGGUAUCUCGAGGCCCUCGUGCAGCCGAACGUGUCGUAUAUUCAGACUCGGAUCUCCCACUUUACCAAGGAUGGAAUUGUCACCACGGACGGGACACACCGCCCGGUGGACGCCAUCCUUUGUGCGACCGGGGCAGACAUCUCCUUCACCACGGCGUUUCCAAUCUAUGGCCCCGAGGAUCUGGCCUUGCAGCAGAAGGACCCGUCGUCCACGGUAAACCUGCAGAGCCGCUGGCGGCCCCCAGGAUUCCCAGAUUCGUAUCUUGGAAUUGCCGCACCGGACUAUCCGAACUUGUUUUUCCUGCUUGGACCCAAUAGCACGGGUCCCGGUGGCACGCUCCCUCACAGUGUCGAGAACAGCGUGACUUACAUCGCGAGAUUGCUACGUAAAUGCCGGACACAAGGAAUCCGGACCAUUGCGCCAACGGCCCAGGCUACCAGAGAUUUCCGUGCCUAUUGCGAGUCCUUCUAUCCACGGACAGUCAUGAGUGAGAAUUGUUCAUCUUGGUACAACGGUGGGAUCCCCGGAGGAAGGAUUCACGGCUUCUGGCCUGGCAGUGGGACGCAUCUGAACAUAGUCCGACGAGAACCUAGGUGGGAGGAUUAUGAGUACACCUACCGUAGUCCACAAGGGAACCGCUUUGGGUAUCUUGGAAAUGGCUGGAGCAGGAAAGACGUAGAGGCGAACGAGGCUUCUCUCAGAGGUGACAAGGAAGCAGAAGAGGCGGUGGACUUUGCCUCGUAUCUCCGGAAAGAAGCAGUGGACGGGACCAUCGACCUGAGGAGACUACAUGAAGACUGGUGGGACUUGUAG